CAUUAUUAAUCGCUGAAAGUUCAUGAACAAUAAUUUUAAUUAAAUCUUAAACAUGAAUAAUCAAGAAACUCAUACUCAUUAAAACACAAAGUAUAAACCUAUACCAGGUGAUGAACGAAUUUAGAUUGUAAAGGCAUUAGUCAAUAGUAAAAUGAGUGCUUCUUAAGUAAUAUUAUUAUGAUUCAAUAAGGUAUCAGAUCUGACAGGUUAUAAUCUCUCUACAAUAAAGGCCAUUUAUAGAGUCUACAAAUAAGAAGGUAGAAUGUGGAAGAAAGAAAAACGAGAUCAGCUCGUCAAAGUUGUCUAAAAUUUCGCUAUCUGUAUGAUUGAUGAAGCGUAAGAAUUAUCAUAUUUUUAGCUAAAAUACCAUUCAACUCUUGGCUGCAAAAUCUAUAAUGAGUGAUUAAAUUAAGAAUUAAAAUGAAAUUGAGAUAUCAGAUGAUAAGACUCAUCAAAAAUCCAUACAUUUUUUCAAAGAGAAUGAAUCUAAAAUUUCAUUACUCUUAAAAGAUGAGAAAAGCAGGUAAGAACUUUCUAAACAAUUCCAAACAUUAAAUUCAAAAGAAUUUUAAUACAUCAGUAAAUCACCUUUAAAUUCAAAACAUAGUUUAAAAUGGAAAAAGAUAAAAAAAUACUUUUAAAAACGACAACUAGAUUAUUAGUACAUUGAGUCAAGUGGAUUAAAUCAAUCAGAAUAUGAUAAUAUGAAUACCACAGAGAAAUUAACAGUCUUAAAGAAUAUACUUCAAUCUCAAAUAAAUUUAAUGAUUUAAAAUUUAAGCAAAUUUUGA